CGGAGUACAACAACAAGGGGGACACUGGCGAAAGUCACUGCGGCUCAUAAAGCACAGAAUUAAAGACGAUAAUAAAUAAAAAGUGAAGCCCGGCGCAGACGGCGACAUGCGGGCCGCAAAGAGAGAAAUCUGCUGGAAACUUUUUCUAUUUUCCUGCGUCUUCUUGGAGAGCUCGUCUCAAGACUUUGGCGGACAGACGCAGUUCAUUUGCACGUCCGUACCCAAGGAUAUGGACAUAUGCUCGGCCACCUUGCAGAACAGUGUGCCGGGAGAGGACUUGAAGACCACGGUUAUGCAGCUGCGGGAGACGGUUUUACAGCAGAAGGAGACGAUCAUGAACCAAAAAGAGACUAUCAGAGAGCUCACCUCGAAGUUGGCUCGGUGUGAGAGCCAGAGCGGCGCAGACCUCGGGGACGCGCGGCCCGGGGGCAGGAGGAAAGAAGCGGGGACCAAAAAUACGAUGGGGGACGUGUCCAGAGGCCCCGCGGACACUUUGACGCAACUAUCACAGACUUUACAGUCGCUGAAGCAGAGAUUAGAGAAUCUGGAGCAAUUCAGCAGAAGCAACAACUCGGUGCAGGCAAACAGCCUGAAAGACCUUCUCCAAAGUAAAAUCGAUGACUUGGAGAAGCAGGUGCUGUCCCGAGUGAACGGCAUCGAAGAGGGCAAACCCGGACUCCGCAAUGAGACAGAGCAGCGUGGGAGAGUGGAGUCCACACUCACAUCGCUACACCAGAGGAUCACCGACCUGGAGAAAGGUCAGAGAGAAAACAGGCCGCUGGAUAAAUUUCAGCUCACGUUCCCACUGAGGACCAACUACAUGUACGCAAAAGUGAAAACGAGUUUGCCAGAGAUGUAUGCCCUCACCGUGUGCAUGUGGCUCAAGUCCAACGCCUCCCCGGGAGUGGGCACACCUUUCUCCUACGCAGUUCCUGGACAAGCCAACGAGCUGGUUCUCAUAGAGUGGGGGAACAAUCCAAUGGAGAUUCUAAUAAAUGACAAGGUAGCAAAGCUGCCAUUUCUCAUCAACGACGGAAAGUGGCAUCAUAUCUGCGUGACUUGGACAACUCGUGAUGGUGUUUGGGAGGCUUUUCAAGAUGGUGUCAAGAGGGGGAGUGGAGAAAACCUGGCUCCGUAUCAUCCCAUCAAAUCUCAGGGCCUGCUGAUCCUUGGCCAGGAGCAGGACACGCUUGGAGGAGGGUUCGAUGCCACGCAAGCUUUUGUAGGAGACCUGGCAAAUUUUCACAUCUGGGAUCGUAAACUGUCCGUGGGAGAAAUUUACAAUCUAGCGACAUGCAGCAGCAAAGCGCAAGUGGGCAACGUUUUUGCAUGGAUGGAGACCAGCCUCGAUAUUUAUGGAGGUGCCUCGAAGUGGACAUUCGAAGCCUGUCGCCAGCUCAACUGAACUGAACUGCAGGGAAGAGAAGCUCAGUGGUUUUUGCUAAAACCAGUGUUGUCACGGCCUCGGUAAACUCAUUCAAAAGGUCAGCCAAUCUGAGGAGAUUGUGUCAGUGAAUAGCGUCUGGGUUGUCAUAGAUAUUUGAAAACAUCACUUGUGGGCAGUUUGAUAGAUAUUUUACCAGAUUCUCACGUGGGAUGGGCCACUGAAAAAUAAAAGGGGAGCGCUCCGACACCCUGUGGUGCUUGAAUGCGCAUCCGGGAGGAGCAGGUGAUGCCAUUCUAGUGAGCAGAGGUCGCCCUCAGAGACCAAAAUGACAGGCCAGCAUCAAAAAUACAGUAAGAGGUUAAUGUAGUUUUUAGAGAACAGAUGUCGCACUAGUCAACAAAAUGACUGAGUCCUUCAUAUGUCUUUUUUCUGUCUCGACUGCCAGCGAUUUUCACUGUGAAAAAAGGCCAGGUGGACUUUUGUUUUUUUGAAAGGACUGCGCUCUUCAAGAGGUUACGAACUAGACAACAUUGUUUCUCUGUCACUCUUCUUUCUCUAACCACACCUGCUUGACGUGAUUUGUCUGAAGAAUGAUGUAUAUUUAUUGCCAAUGUUUGAGCCUGAGUGCCUUGGGCUGUUGAAAAAUAUCUCAGCACAUCCAUGAUCAUUUGCAGAGUGUUUCUGUGUUUGUAUUUAUUUUCGUGUAAAUUAUUUUCCAAGGGGGCAUUUCCUGUGACACUUUAAACUGAGGAAGGGUCAGAUUGCUUAUGGUAAAAUGCAAAUCACUGAUGCCAAUGGCACAUUUUACAGAUGCUUGUACUUCAGUCGUAAUGUUUCCUGUACAGUAACAGCAUGUCUUAACUUCUGUAAUGCUGCGUCAGCAUCUAUGAUCUCUGCUUUUACUAUUCUACCUUUGGGUUGAGGUUUUAUACUGUAUUGUUAUAUGCUUAAAGCAUGGCAACACUGACAGAUGAAAAAAAGUUCUAGUUUUUGUAAUAAAUUGUGAUACUUGAAUCAAA